UUGAUUAUUUGCCAGACACCACAACGCUCAAUACUUUCAGCUCGUUGCUCUCAUCGUCUGCUCUACUCUGCUCUACUCUGCUCUACUCUGCUCUCAUCUUCCUCUCUGCUCUGCUCUGCUCUCUGCUUCUCUGUACACGCUUAGUAUGCACUGCGUCAGACACUACCUCGCUCUUCUCUGCGUGGCCUCAGGCGGCUCUGCUUUCUUCACGCUCUCUCUACUGCUCUCUACUACGCUUCAACAUCGUCCAUGUGCCUAUUGCUCAGUAAUCCUACUCAUCCUCAUCUUCACAUCGUCUUAUUGGCGAGACGCACCACUCUUGGAAUUCACCACGCUCGCUGGCUUCUUUGAUCCGGUCGCCUGGUCUACUAGUACAACAGCCACUGCAUCAACGACAACACAGGAUGCUGCUGCUACGGUGGCCAUGGAAGGUGUUGGCUGUUUGAGACGGUGGAUGGGUGGUUGGUCUGGUGAGCUAUAUAACGGCCGCUUCCUCAGGAUCGUGCUAUGAUGCGAGUACGCUAUCGCUGUGACCUCUAAACAAGCAUCUCUUCAAUCAGGCCAGCACUCCUCACUGCCCAGCUCUUCCCAUACCUCGGCCUCGU